GCGACGAAUGUGUUUGUAUGUGUUUUUAAUAAAUAAUGUUGAAAUUUUGGAUUGAUCUUUGAUACUUAAACGAAUUAAUCGAAGGGUACUAACCACCGCAAAGCUUCGUUUGCCAGCCCAGAAUACUAUCCAUUCUUAGCAUGCCACCUGCAGCUAAAUCUAAAAGGAUUUUUUUCAGUUUUACAGACAAUAGAUUAGCAAGUUCGAAUUAUUCAAAAAAGGAUUUAAAUUCCAUCUCAGUUCCAUUUUAUCUUUCAGAGUCUUGAAAUUAACUUGUUUCAUUUUCAAAUUUAAUAAACUCUGUAUUUUGAGAGGAAUAUGGUAGCUAACAAAAAUUGAUUCGCAGGGUAAAGAAUUUGUUUGCUUGUAGAGGCACGGACCAUAACCGAUGUUUUCCGAGAAAUCCUCUGAUUUUGUCUUUUGCAGUUAUAAUGUUUUUCUCUCUUCUAUGGCUCUUAUUAAGGAUGCAUUUAAUUCUGCAUGCAGUGUCUUCGAUACAAGAACUUGUCGAUGAAGAAAGCAUUGUGUUUAUGAAGUGUUUGGCAUUUUGAGUUUAAAUUUUGUAAUUAGUCCUUUUUGUUGCCAGUCAAAGCUUUGCCAUCAUUGCCACAAAAAGCAAAACAGUUUGUCCAAUCCAUUUCGUAUUUUUUUAAAAUAUGUGGUACAAACACUGGCCAUUAGUGUUAGCAGGAAGAGCUUUAAAAAAUAAAUUAUCAAACACGGGAAAAAAUCUGGAGUUUUGAACGGGUACAUUGAAUACAUGACACAUUAUAGUGUAAGGAGGUCGUCAAAAUAUUUAUCCUCUCACGGGGGUCCCGAACUCAAAAAGUUUGAAAAACACUGGUCUAGUGCCUAUGAACAGUCGAUCUGCUUACGAGUAAUUUGGUUCAUGGGUAUUGAGGAUCGAGUAUUAUACUCAUGAGUUCAAACAAUUUGUAUGGUUUGAAUUGUGAGUUCUUUUUUUGUUUAUGAGUAGUAUGAUUUACGAGUAUAGAGAGAAAACAAUCGAGCACGAACGAUCAUUUUAAAAAACUGAAAUUUUUCGAACAUACUCAUUUUGUUCUUUGGUCACUAUCACUACUACUAGGUCGAAGAGGAAAAAUUUCACUCUAUGAAAAUACCCCAAAUACUUAAUUUCCUGAAAGGAAUUAGGUUAGAGGAGGAGCUAUAAAAUCAUAGAGGAAGGAAUACCUAGAGAACCGAGUCGGGGGUACGAGUAAAACACCCGCAAAUUUCAUUUGAGGUGAAUAGAAGAGAACUCCCUUAUUUUACUAUUUUUUCCUAUCCAUGAAUACGUGUGAGUUGUGGAUGGCGAAAAAAAGAUGGCGGUUGUACCUAAAAAAAAAAAACAAAAUCGACGGCUGACAGUUCUCAUUUUCUGAUUUUUACUUUGGUUGCAAAAUUUAAGUUUUUUCGAGUUUUCACGGUAAAUUCUUUUAUAUAAAAGGUGAAAAAGAUUUGUGAAAAUAAAAUCAAUUAUACUAAAGAAUUCUCAAAAUUCAAAAACGUGGAGUAACGAAAAAUUGCCAACAAGGCCAACAGGAAGCUAUUGAAUGAUGUCAAGGCAAUGUGAAGUCGUCAGGAUUUGUUGGAUCCUAUAUUUUCUGAUAUGAAAUUAGAAACGAAGUACUUUGGUGUGAAAUUCACUGCGACGAAAACAUGCUUAUCAGGGGGCCAAUUCUGGUUCUGUGAACACGUGAAUCGAAAAAAAAACUUUCAUUUUCGCUUUCACACAUUCUUUUCACUUUUUCGAUUCAUUUGAAAUGAAAAAGCGAUUCUCGUCCUGCGAAUGAAAACAUCGUGUUGAAUUCAAAAACUUUCACAUUGGUGAAUAUUUUUUUCUACUGGGAUUGUGAUUUUGAACUGUUUCAAAUGUCAAAACGAAAAAUAAUAUUUUUAAAUUCUUGUUUCAAUUUGGUUGUUAUUUCUUAACAUUUAUUAAAAUGCCUUCAAUUUAUAUAAGACUUCUAAUUCAAACAAAUCGGAGGAAUACGCAAAGAAAUAACAUGAGAAUAAUCAGAAGAAAUUUAAGAGACAACGAAAAUCCUUUCGAGAUGAUAACGGAGGAACAUUUCAUACAACUAUACCGCUUUCCAAAACAUUUAUGCAGAGUUCUAAUAGAUGAAAUAAUCCCAUUUCUUGAAUCAUCAUCAAGGAUACAUGCACUUCCAGCGCACACUAAAGUGCUAUGUGCAUUGCGUUUUUUUGCUCAAGGAUCCUUCCAGCGAGCUGUUGGUCAGGAUUACUUAUCUUCAUUAUCUCAAACAUCAGUUUCUAGAUGCAUUACAGAGGUUGCAAUUGCAUUAAAUUGCAUUGCAAACCGACACGUAAAAUUCCCAAGAGCUGCGCAAUUUUUGGAGAUAAAAAGGAAGUUUUUUGACAUAGCAGGUUUCCCGGGUGUUAUAGGGUUAAUCGACGGUACACACAUCAAAAUUGCAGCACCAAGAAAAGAAAUAGAACACGUUUAUUACUGCAGAAAAGGUGGACAUUCGAAAAAUGUCCAAAUCAUAUGUGGUGCAGAUCAUUUGAUUUUUAGUGCUAAUGCUCGAUUUGGUGGAACUUCUCACGAUUCCUAUAUUUGGAGAUGUUCAAAAACAAAAACCACCUUGGAAAGGUUAUAUUCUUCAGGUGAAAGGAACUUUUAUUUGCUAGGGGACAGUGGGUAUCCUUUGCAGCCGUGGUUGAUGACACCGAUCCUUGAAUCUAAUUCAAAUGGUGAAGAGGCGUUCAACAAGGCACACAAAAUAACAAGGAGUAUUGUCGAAAGGUGUAUAGGUAUUUUAAAAAGCAGAUUCCGCUGCUUGGCAGCGGGAAGGGUGUUAUAUUACGCUCCUGGAAAAGCAGGCGUCAUUAUUAACGCAUGUAUUGUUUUACAUAACAUGUUAAUAAAAGCAAGAAUUCCCCUGAAUGAAGACCUUAUAAUUGAAGCUGAAUCUCAAGAUGAAAGGGAAAUAGCUAUAAGGGGAAAUUUUAAUGUGCGCAAUGUUUUAGCCGAAGCACGA